GGAAAUACCUACCUCUCCUCUCAGACAAGUGUUACCUCAACACUAUGCAAACAGAACCUUUCAACGAGGUUAUAAUUUGAAUCUGAUCCGGAUUCAUUUUGAAUAUAAAGACAAUAGGGGGUACGAGCUGAGUACGAACAAUUCAUUGUGGUACAAAACAAUUCAUCUUUCAAAUACCAAUAACCUUAUUUAUUGAUAUCUCCGCGCCCAAACAAUCAACUUUCUUUGAUUCCAUCAGUACCUCUUUAAUACAAAAAUAUCAGUCAUGUCUUCCUCGAGCAAGAAGAACUCCAGAAUAUCAUCCCAGAGCCAAAGAUCGACUCUCUCCCUUCAAAAGACAGAAAUAGUUAUCAAUGUUUAUGAUCUACUUCCUGUAAGUUCCAAGAAAUCACUCGUUAAGAUUAUCGUUUGAAUGCGACCGAUGGUUGCUGACGUAACUUUCGCGAUUAGGCAGGCAAACUUUCUUCAAUCCUUUGGAGCUUUGGUACUUCACUACUCCACAGCGGAAUCGUUAUAAAUGGCAAGGAAUAUGCAUUUGGAGGACAUGAUAGAAAAGGACAAACGGGUGUAUUUUGGCAAACACCAAGACUGGAACCGCCUGGGGGAACUUUCAGAUGCGAAAUCGUCCAGGGACUUACCUUUUCUCCUCAAGCUGAAAUAGAUGCUGUUAUUAUGGAAGCUUCAGAAAUCUUCCAAGGCACCUCGUACAAUCUUCUCACCAGAAACUGCAACCACUUUACAGCAUGGAUGUGCGAGAGGCUUACUGGUCAGUCUGGGCCGGCAUGGUUAAAUCGAGCUGCCAGCAUUGGAGUCGCAUUACCUUGUAUGGUCCCGAAAGAAUGGAUUACCCCUCCAGAUUACGAAACGGCAGAUGGGCACCUUAUUGAUGAUGACAAUGAUGAGCGAGCACUGCUGGGUGGCACAAGACACAGCAUGGAUGAUGGCAGACCAGAUUUGAUUGAUGAUGAGACAGAAUGGAGCUGCGAUGAGGACAUUCAGGCUAUAAAGGGAAAAGGAAAAGAUGUCAGAGAUACAUCAGGCAGAGUUGUUCCACUCUCGGAGAGGGCGCCUACGGCCAGGAGAUGAAUUGCACUUGGGAUGGAGGACAUAGUAUUCUUAUUGGCGCUUUGAGGCGUUUUCGGCAAUGGACAAGGGAUGGGAGGAAGGAAGGGACCGGCGUCAAGCGUUCAUUUUAUGAUACCAUUU